CCCAUCUCCAAAAGCAAGCUGCAUUUCAUGGAAUGGCUUAGGUUGAAAGGGACCUCAGAGAUCAUUGAGCUCCAGCCUCACUGCCAUGGCUAGGGCUGCCCCCCACCAGAUCAGGCUGCCCAGGGCCCCCUCCAACCCGGCCUCGAGCACCCCAGGGAUGCUCGUGGCCAUCUCAGUGGUUCAUGGUGCCUCCAUGAUGUCCCAGUGAGGCUGCUCAGCUGUCACCAACCUCUCCUGCAUUGAGGAAGACGUUUUGGCAAAGGGGCCCUGAGCCAAGCUCUGCCAGUCGGCCUUGAGGGCCAUUAACAACCAGCCCCAAUCGGGGUUAUUUAUUCAUUAAUUUGCUGCAAAUGCAGCCCUAAAUGGUGGAAAUCUCUGUACUAAUAGAUGCUCUGGAAGAGAUUUGCAGCCAGGCAUGGGUCUUAUCUCUAAUUAUGUGUCUGGCUGAGCUGCAUCUGGCUCCGGGGAUGUCUGGUUGUAUUUGGCUCCUGGAGCUUCUCUUGAAACCCACUGGGACCCCGGGCUGAGAGCAGUGCCAAUUAAUACCCACCACAGGGAGAGGCAGCCGCGCGCCGUCUGGCUGCAAGCUGCAGGCGAGGGGGAGCUGUCCCAUGGGGAGCAGCCCCAGGCAUCCACACAAUGCCACUGGGGUACAGAAAUGGGGCCAGUGGGGCUGGGAAGGAGGCGGCUCCGUGAAAACAGCGGGAGAAAAUUGAAAGAAAUGGGGAAAAUGCACAAGCAGGCUAGAUUUUGAAAGUGCCUCCUUUUCAAAAUGUCGUACCCAUGUUGUUGCAAUGUGCAUCCUUCUUUUUUUUUUUUUUUCUGAAAGAGCUAUUUGCAUUUAAAGAAGCCGACUACAAAGAGAGGGAGUGGGGGGUGUCACAAAAGACCAUGCAAAAUGAGCAGUGUAUCAGUUUUCAAAUGGGAACAUAGCUUUUCUAUCACCCCCCAGGCCACCAGGUCCCUGCAGCCUGGGUUCAUUGGGGUGAAGACAGCUGGGUGAAAUCACUCCUGAUUUGCUCUCAUUUUCUCUUCUGCUGACACCUAUUUUGCUUCUGUUUUGAGACCCGGGAAGCCCUGGUUCACCCCAUCCCACGGGGGUGCUCCCCAGGGCUGGAGGUGCAAGGAGGGGAGCUGGUGGGCUGGGGACCAGCUGGGGUCACUGCGUGGCUGAGUGCCACCUGUCAUCCCUCAUCCCACACCGUCAUCCCGAGCAGGGUGUCCCCAUCGCGGGGGCAUUGCUCCCCUCUGCCGUCUCCAUCACUGUGCAGCUCCGCAUCCUGCUCUCCUGUUGCUCAGAGAUGUGGAGGCAGUUGCUAAGAGACACCAAAACGUCAGUAUCUGGCCCUCAAGGAAAAAAAAAAAAAUAGAGAAAGAGAGAGACAAGGGAGGACGAGGAGGAGGAGGGGAGGAAGGAGGUGGGGAAAGACCUGCUCUGAUUGCCAGGCUCGGCAGCAGCCUUGGCUGCAGGAGCUGCUCGCCCAACUUGACGGACCCCCAUCUUACCGCCUGAGUGGUUGCUGAGCUGAGCCCCGCUUGUCUCCAGGCAGCGUGAGUACCCAGGGACCCCGCUGUCCCCCGGCACUGUUGGCGGCUGUGGCAGGGAAGGAGGGCAGCAGGGGCGGUGGUUUCCCCAGCACAAUGGGUGAGGUGGGGAAAGGAUGGAGCUGGGGAGGGCAUGGGCGUGCUGGGUGAGGGAGGAAGGAGCUAAGAUGGCCAGGCAGUGGGGGCAGAGCAGGCUGGCAGUGGGGCUGCCAGGGUGAGGGAUGCUGUGCCGGGCGGGGAACUGCACUGGGAGGGGGCUAUCCCUGCGGGGGCCGGCGAAGAAGGCAUCCCUGGCAGCGGGCAGAGCGUUGACGGUGAGGACGCCCCUGGCUCUGCCAGGACAGGCCAAGCUGAGUCGGUGGGGCUGAGCCCUCCAUUUGGCUAAAAGCACGGGGGCUGGGCAAGGAGGGGCACAUCCAUGGGGAUGGUGUGGAUGCUCUGUGAGCCGCACAGACCCUGGAAGAGCUUGCUGCUAGCUUGGGUUUCUUUCACUCCUCUUUUCCGCAGGCAGCUGAAAGCAGCUCGCACCGGCCCUGCGGGGAGGCUCAGUGGGCCCCGAAUGUCCGUGGGAUGCCCUGAGCAUUGCUUUUCUAGCUCAGAACUUGGGUCCGGUCCCAACUGCUUCCUCCACCACUGCCAGUAGACUUUGUUGGGUGACCCUUCCCCCAGUCGUGAUGGCCCCCACCACGCUGUGACGGGCAGAGGAUGCUGUCACGGUGCAGCCAGCGGGCUGUCCCCGCACUGAGGCCUGCUGCCAUGGCACACUCCAGGCUCUGAGAUGGGCCCGGGGGCAGGCUGCCGGCCCGCCAUGCUGCUGGGCCCCUGGCUGGUGGCGGUGGUGGCGGUGGUGGCAGCAGGCUCUGGGGCGGGCUGCCCGGUGCUGUGCACGUGCCGCGGGCAGGCAGUGGACUGCAGCGGGCAGCGGCUCUUCUCGGUGCCCGCCGAGCUGCCCUUGGACACCGGCAACCUCAGCCUGGCCCACAACCGCAUCGCCAGCAUCCCGCUGGGCUACCUGGCCUGCUACGCCCAGCUGCGCGUCCUCGACCUGCGCAACAACUCGCUGGCCGCCCUGCCCGCCAGGCUGUUCCUGGGCGCCCGCCGCCUCACCCACCUGGACCUCAGCUACAACAACUUCAGCCUGGUGACAGCCGACAUGUUCCUGGAGGCCAGCGAGCUGCUGCGCCUCGACCUCAGCCACAACCCCUGGCUGUGCACGGUGCACCCCAAGGCCUUUCGCGGGCUGGUGCAGCUGCGGGAGCUGGACCUCAGCUACGGGGGGCUGUCGGCCCUCAGCCUGGACGCGUUGGAGGGGCUGACGGGGUUAGUGACCCUCCGGAUCGGCGGCAACCCCUGGGUGUGCGGCUGUGCAAUGGAGCCCUUCCUCAAGUGGCUGAAGAGCCGCAUCCAGCUCUGCACAUCAGAUUCGCAGCUGGCUAAGUGCCAGGCUCCCCCCGAGGUGAAGGAAGUGCCCCUCUUCUCGCUGACAGAGGAGAGCUUCAAGGCGUGCCACCUCACCCUGACGCUGGACGACUAUCUCUUCAUCGCCUUUGUGGGCUUCGUGGUCUCCAUUGCAUCGGUGGCUACCAACUUCCUGCUGGGCAUCACAGCCAACUGCUGUCACCGCUGGAGCAAAGCCAGCGAGGAUGAGGAGGUUUAGCCCCAAAACAGCACUGAUGGAGAAAGAGCCCAGCAGCCUCCAGUUCCCCAAACCCAGCCUGUUCUCUGCAGCUAAGGGCCAAGCCUGGGACAUGGCGCUCACUGGGGACAGCCCCAGGUGCUGGUGACGCUUGCCACCGCUUGGACAUGCAGACAGCACCAGGGCCACGUGCCUGCUGUUGGGACAAGCGCUGAAGCCCCGCAAACAUCUCCUGGGCAGCUUUCACCAACCACUGCCUGCUCCUUCCCCUUCUCCUCCCAAGUUUUGUGCAGGUUUUGGGCCAUACCUGGCACCCAGCCUGGCCAGACAGCUUGGGGAACCAUCGUUAGGAGACAAAACAAACUCCUAAGAAAUGAAAAAAAGAAGAAAAACCCACAAAGCCACCGGCCUCUCUGUCCAAGCAGGGUGGCUGCUGCUCCCGUGUGUGUUUUACGCUGUCUUCAUGGCCGUCCCUGCAGUGUGUGGGGCUGAAGACUGACACUUCCACUCCAGCUGUAAAACCCCCGCGGUCACGUAGCACUUUGCUGCCAAGAAAUGUUUGCUCCCAUCCUUGCUCCCUGGGGUCUCUGCUUGGGACAGCCCCCCCCAUACACCCUCCCUGGAGCCAUCCUCCUGCCGGACGCAUCCCAAGGCGGGGCCUCCCAUGAGCUGUUUUAUUUUCUCACUGUGUUUCCCAUGUGUGUAGCUGGAGUGUAGAUGUGCCAUUUAUAAACAAACCGACCAAAACAAAACCAAAACGAAACGCAAGAAAAAUGGGGAAGAAUAAGGCAACUUCUGGCUUGGUGACCCCACGCCCACUGCUGAGAUACGAGCCCUGGCUGCAGCAUGGAGAGAAGGCUGGGUGCACAUCACAGCAGUCCCCGUGCCAUGGAUCCAUGGCCACAGUUGGGGUAUUACCCAUGGCAAGAUUCAACCACUGGCAAUGUUGCAGCUCCAGGCUGCACCCCACAAACCCCAUGCCUGUAGGAGCGUGGAGCCCACCUGUGUUGUUUUGUGGGAUAGGGGCACUCGGGAUCCCUCUUUUCUUUCUUUUCUUUCUUUUUGGUAAGUCUCCCCACCAAAACAGCCUCUGGAGACUAUGGACAAGACAAGCAUUUCCUCUGGCAGUUCCUGACUCCACUAUUGGGUGAUAGGGGAGAAAGUGUAAAUGCCAAGCUCCAAAUAUCCAUGAAUUCAACCAAACCCAUUUUCUGCCUUUCUGAAGCAGAAGGGCCUUCCCUUACACUUCACCUUCCUGCAAGGGAUGGGCGGGGGACUAAGGAUGUCAAUUUUCUGCCACUUCUGUCCAGCAGCAGCCGGUGCUGGUGCCUGGCCUCGGGUGCUGGGUCUCCACACCACCGCCCCUGUGGCAUGGCCAUGUUCUGUCCUGCAGCCUGGGGAGUGCAGGGCAUGGGGGCAGCCACUGGCCUCCUCCUGUCCUCUCUUUCCCUCAUCUUUUUCUUUUCCCUUCUCUUCCCUUCUUUUCCCUUCCAUUCUCUUCCCUUCUCUGCCCUUCUCUCUUUUCCUCUCCUCUUUCUAUCCCUCCCUCUUUCCCCUUUCCUCCCCCCUUCCCCAUGCUAUGCCGAGCACUGCCAGAUGGGGAAGGAGAAGGGGGAAACACCGAGUUUGACCCCCCUGGACUUUGUACGGAGCACAUUUUAUAAACGUGUACUUUUGUAACAGUGAGCACUUUUUCAGAGCUGAACCUCAAAAUAAAGAGCACCAGUGCAGCCCGAAUCAGG